AUGUCGACCUUUGCCGCGGCGACGGCUGCUGCCCACCACCUGACGGCGCGCGAGGCCCUCAGCGGUAUCUGGGGCUCCAUCAGCCUCUGUGCCUGGAUAUUCCUGCUGGUCCCCCAAUUGAUCGAAAACUACAAGUCCGGCUCCGCAGACGGCAUCUCGCUCGUCUUCCUCGCCAUCUGGUUCAUUGGCGAUGUCACCAACCUCGCCGGCGCCCUCUGGGCCGGCCUGGUGCCGACCGUCAUCGCGCUGGCCAUGUACUUUUGCGUAGCUGACCUGAUCCUCAUCACCCAGUGCGUGUACUACAACACCAUCAACGCCCGGCGCACCGCCCGCAAAACCUCGACGCAGUCGGCAAACUCGGUCGAGGCGCCCCUCCUCGGCCGCCGCGACAGCUCCAACGUCGGCCUGCCGGGCAGCCACAGGCGCGACAGCCAGGCCUCGCGCCGCCGCCGCGCCUCGUCGCUGCCCACCAUCCUCGACGUCGACGACGUCCCCAGCGAGUGGAUGAAGAACACCGUCUCGGUAUUCGGUGUCAUGGCCGUCGGCGCCGCCGGCUGGGCCAUUGCCUGGCAGAGCGGCGUGUGGCUUCCGCAGCCCACGCGCACCGGGGACGCGCCGCCCAUUGCCCUUGGCGCCGAGAUACUGGGCUACGUGAGCGCCGUGUGCUACCUGGGCGCUCGCGUGCCGCAGAUCAUCAAGAACCAGCGCGAGCGCUCGUGCGAGGGCCUGUCGCUGCUGUUCUUCAUGCUCAGCCUGCUCGGCAACGCCACCUACGGCGCCGGCAUCCUGUUCCACUCCACCGAGAAGGAGUACUUUGUCACCAACCUGCCCUGGCUCAUCGGCUCGCUCGGCACCAUGGUCGAGGACGCCGUCAUCUUUAUGCAGUUCCGCGCCUUUGGCACCGGCGAGGCGCUGUCCUCUGUUGAUGCGUAA